GCGCCAUCCCCAGCAGCCGCACCUGCCUGGGCCCCGGCCUCACGGCCUUCCCCCGCGGCGGAGCCGGCCUUCGUGGGGCCGCCGAGGUGCUGGGAGGGCCGGGAGGGUGAAGAUCCUAGUAUAAGUUUCUUCCACUGAGUUGUGAGAUUCUGUUUAAUCUUCAAACUGGCGAUGUCAAGGGUGCCGAGUCCUCCUCCUCCGGCAGAAAUGUCGAGUGGACCUGUAGCAGAGAGCUGGUGCUACACUCAGAUUAAAGUGGUGAAGUUUUCCUACAUGUGGACCAUAAACAACUUCAGCUUCUGCCGAGAGGAAAUGGGUGAGGUCAUCAAAAGCUCAACCUUUUCAUCUGGAGCCAAUGAUAAACUCAAAUGGUGUUUACGCGUGAACCCUAAAGGCUUGGAUGAAGAAAGUAAAGAUUAUCUAUCCCUCUAUCUGUUGCUGGUGAGCUGUCCAAAAAGUGAAGUUCGAGCAAAGUUCAAAUUCUCCAUCCUGAAUGCUAAAGGAGAAGAAACAAAAGCAAUGGAGAGCCAGCGAGCAUAUCGAUUUGUACAAGGCAAGGACUGGGGAUUCAAAAAAUUUAUUAGAAGAGACUUUCUUCUGGAUGAAGCCAAUGGACUUCUUCCAGAUGACAAACUCACUCUCUUCUGUGAGGUGAGUGUGGUACAAGACUCUGUAAAUAUCUCCGGCCAAAAUACUAUGAACAUGGUGAAGGUACCAGAGUGCCGCUUGGCAGAUGAGUUGGGAGGACUCUGGGAGAACUCGCGCUUCACGGACUGCUGCCUGUGUGUUGCAGGCCAGGAGUUCCAGGCUCACAAAGCCAUACUAGCAGCACGUUCUCCGGUUUUCAGCGCCAUGUUUGAGCAUGAGAUGGAAGAGAGUAAAAAGAAUCGGGUUGAAAUCAAUGAUGUGGAGCCUGAAGUUUUUAAGGAAAUGAUGUGCUUUAUUUACACGGGGAAGGCACCAAAUCUUGACAAAAUGGCUGAUGACUUGCUGGCAGCUGCUGACAAGUACGCUCUGGAGCGUCUGAAGGUGAUGUGUGAGGAUGCGCUGUGCAGUAACCUGUCUGUGGAAAACGCGGCGGAGAUCCUCAUUCUGGCUGACCUACACAGUGCUGAUCAACUGAAAACUCAAGCGGUGGACUUCAUUAAUUAUCAUGCUUCUGACGUCAUGGAGACAUCAGGCUGGAAGUCAAUGGUAGUAUCACAUCCCCAUUUGGUGGCUGAGGCAUAUCGCUCUUUGGCCUCUGCACAGUGUCCCUUUCUGGGACCUCCACGUAAGCGACUGAAGCAAUCCUAAGGUCCUGUCUAUCACAACACCCCGUGUUUUUCUGGAAGCAGCAUCAGCUGUUGCUGCUCUAACCUUGACCAUCAGGUAGACAGCGAAAUCUGUGGAGCUUAUACUCUGUUGUUGGGGGGAAGAGACUGCUUCGUGACACCCAGACUUUUUAAAACAGCACCAAGUAACUUGGGGAGAGGGGGGAGGGUGGGCCUGGGGCUCUGGGGCUGUUCAACCUAAUGAAUCCCUGUUGCUGCAUCGUCUGUGUGUUCCCUUCGACUUGGCUGAGUCAAUUAAGUACAGGGUUCGGUUUAGGCACCGACCCAUGUCAGAAUAACCCAGCGGUGGUACUGGGGGAAAACAACAUCUCUGCGUCUGGCAGCACAGAACAAACCGUCAGAUGCCUGGAGCAAGAGGACAUUUUAGUUUUGGAGAGAGCGUUGAGGGGUUAAAAAUAAUUUCCAGUGAGGUUCUGGAAAGGAAGUACCUGAUGGGAGCUCCAGUAGUAUUUAUAUCAAAAAAGAGAAUUUAAGUCCUUCCAGCUGAGCUAAAAACUGGACGUUUGUGUAACUCCUUAUUGCCAUCCAGCAACAAGAAGAUCAGUUUCUCUGUUAGUAGCACUUGUAUGUUAAUUGAAAAAAAAAAAAAAAAAAGGAAAAAAAAAAGAAAAAACACCUUUUAUAAAAUGACAGGUUGAAGUGAAAGGGGACAGUGAGAGGCUGUGUGUUCUGGAGGGUGUGAAUAGACUGAAGGCAGCCUUUGGCAAGUCUGUAUUGGUUUUGAAAGGACUAGAAAAAUCCUUGAUCUGGAGCGUGCUGUCUGAUAAGAACAACAGUUACUGUUUUUAGAUAUUGUGGAAAAUGUUUUUGGCAUUUUUCCCUGCUUUAUUUCCCUCCUCCCCCUUUUUUAAGAAAAAAAAAAAAAGGAGAAAUUUUAUUGUUGAACGCUGCGUCAAAAGUCCCUGUCCUGAGUUGCUAAAUGAUUCUUAACAACUGUUUGUACCUGACUUGCCGACUGUAUAGGAGCCAGUCCUGUUCCUUUCUAUUAGUCACUCUUCUUACAGGGAAGAAGUUUCAAAAUAGCUGGUUACUUUUUUUUUUUUUUUUGAAAAUAUAAAUAAUUACUAUUUUGUA